AGCAAAAUGUGGUCAGCGGUGAAUUACGGAAAAAUAAGUUGGAUAGUUUGGUUACUGUUUCAACUUUCGGUGGAUAUUAUAUGCUUUGGUCCCACCCCUCGAAACACUCGUGGCUAUGCCUUGCUGGAAGCCCAGCGAGACCGGGAGCACAUCAUCGGUCGAAUGAAAACCAACAUCAAAAAGAUCCUGAACAUGCAGCUGGAGAACGCCACUUUGGAUGAAUACGUUCUGAAUGUGUUUGAUGUGGAAAAUAUCAAUCCAACUUAUGUGUUUCUAUUGCCUAGUGGUGACAAAAGUCAUAUAAAAAAGUUAAUUUAUCAGAAGAGUGAUUUCGUGGAGGCGGAAUUUCCCAACGUGACGACGAUAAACAAGUUCAAGCGAAGCCUGAACCAAUCUUCUGUGGAUGGUGAAUUUAGUGACGAAGAAGAUUACAGUGAUGAAGACAUGGCACCGUUUUUGAAUGUGGGGGAGGAUGAGGAUGAUCGGAUGCAGGAGAUUGUGAAGGACAACAUUCGCACGGAGAGGAACUUUAUCAAGUUUAUGGACGACUUGAACGAUGAUUUGGAGGCUGCGCUGGAGAAAAAGGUGAAAAAGGUGCCGCAUCCUGUUCAGAGUUCGUCGUUUAAAAAGACUUCGUUGUUCACGCCGUACACUUACAUGAGUACAAAGACGAUUGGUUGGGAUGAUUUUGGCCUCGAGGGUUGGAGUGGAGGCUUAUCUACUGGACUUCUAUAUCAGCAUCCCGUCCUGGAAAGGCCAAAAACUAAACAAACCGAAGAAGAUGCCCUCAUCAACAUCCAGGCAAGUUUCGAUCCGCUCAAGUUCAUUAAAACGCCCGCUUUGAACAAGAUUCCGGCCAGCACCACCUCCACCAGUACCAGCAGCAGCAGCAGUGGGUUCAUUAGCGCGAUGAAAAACAACGUCACUGCCAUCGCCGCCAGCAGCGUUCCCCAGCGAAGCAAAAAUCCGUCCUUGCUGCUCAGCUACAGGGUGGAGGAAAAGCUCGAGGAAGUUCUGAACCGGACGAAAACGUUCAAAGGAAAACCUCCGCGCUGGCCAAUCACCAACCCCCGUGACGCGCAUCGAGACGAAGACGUGUUCAUUGCUCGAGCUAAUAAUCCGUUCGGACAUUCGACCAAGUGGCGCUGGAGCAACGAAACCGACAUCACCGAAACCGGCCUGAUCGAUGGAUCCCCCCAGUCUAGGGAGGGUCGCUCGAAGCGCGGCGUCUACAACCUGUACUCGAUGAUCAAGUGCUCGACCGGCUGCGAUCCGAUCAUUUACAAGGGCUACGGAUGCUACUGCGGCUUUCUGGGCUCGGGCCAGGCGUUGGACGGAAUCGACCGGUGCUGCAAGAUGCACGACUACUGUUACACCACGGCCAGGUGUCCGAUGUUUCUGGAGUAUUUCGUACCGUACCUGUGGAAGUGCUACCGCGGACGACCCUUGUGUGCCGUGGACCACGGAGAAUGGGGUGGACCGGAUUCGUGUGCCGCCCGACUCUGCCAUUGCGACCUUUCGCUGUCCAAGUGUCUGCGACGAUAUCAUUGUCCCCGGAAGCGGAAUGUCUGCACAACGUCACCACUGCGACUGCUGCAAAAUUUGGUGAUGGUGUUCUGAUCCCACCCAUAAGAGUCAGAAUCUGGCAAUUUUUGAACAUAGUGAAUGCAGCUGCAGCACCAAAUAAAACCUCAGAAAUGCAGAAUCCCUAGCUGCUAGGGCGCGUAGUACAAAGCAAAAGAUGGAUUGUAAAUAAGAAUCGUAGCAUUUUAGGGUAUUAUUUCAUAGAGUUUAUUUUACUUAAUAAAUUUUCCCUCUAGAAAACUUGA